UGAAUAUUGAGCCAGCGCUACAUUACUCAUGCGGCUUUCUGUGUGAACGAAAACCAAGAUGGCGAAAGGAAAGAAGAGUUUUACUAAACAAAAGAAAAUAGUUGUUUUUAACGAAGAAUCAAGAAGGGAAUACCUGCUUGGGUUCAGUAAAAGGAAAAAAGAGAGACAACAACGUGCUCAUGACGCACUCAGAAAGAAACAAAUCCAAGAGCUAAAAGAAAUUAAACAAAAGAAGAGAAAUGAGUUGAUAGAAAGUCUGAGGAAGCAACAGGAAGAAUAUGACGCUAUGCAGUCAGAUGAUGAUGAUGACAAUAAUAGUCAAGAUGACRUCCCUACAGUUGAUGCAACAUAUGAACAUCCUGAACACAUUGUUACAGUUACACAAGUUUGUGAUAUAGAUCUUAAUGGAGGGUCAACAAGUGUUACUCAAAACAAGGAAUAUCCUUCAAUYGGAACAUCUAUAAAAAGUGAUUGUGCGAAUCAAACAGAUAAAGAAUUAAAGAAUAAACAAUAUGAAAAGAAAAAAGAAAAAUAUGUCAAGAAGAAAAAGUUUAAUCACAAAAAGAGAUCCAAAGAGUCUGGUUCCRCUAAAUUUAAAGCAAAGAAGAGAAGAAAAAAAUAAAAACAAUUGAAAAGA